UAUUCACUAAUUAACUCUAAAUCCAAAACUCCAAUUAAGGCAAGACCAUUGAUUGGCUUAACAAAAAAAAAGGGGCGCAUGCCUGAUGGCUUUAAGGCGUUGGGAGCAAGUGGGAGGAAAAGGCCCGCCCCGCGCUUCCCAUCCUCGUGUGCCCGAGAGAACAGAGUGCUCGUUGUGGGGAGAGGGAGAGGGAGAGAGAGAGGGAGAGAGAGUAAGAAGGCCAUCUUUGGACUGGUUCGUUCGUUUCGAGCGCAUCUCUCUCUGCCCAUCACUUCGCUCGCUGUGGGCUUCGCUCCCUUGGUGACACCGAAUUCGGACGGGUGGCGAGAGAAACCAAGAGCCCAAGACGCUCUCUUUUGGCCUUGCCUUCCCCUCUGUUCCCUUUUUUCUUCCAUCUCCGUCUUCGAGGAAUCCACCUCUCUCCUCCUCCUCCUCGAUGGCUGUUCAUGCCCAGCACCCGUCCAACGUUCUGCUUCUAAACCGAAGCGAGCAGGAGAGGAAGAGCAUGGAGUUUUCCCAAGCACCUACCGGGUUCCUGGACCAAUCCGCCGUGUUCUUCUCCAAUGGAGCGAGUGGGAAUCCACGAAAGCGGGGAAGGGAAGCGGCGUCCAUUCCAAUGGAGAGCUCGGCGCAGAGGAACUCCAUCGAUCUCCUCUCGCUGCAACGGCCGCCCGCUGCAUCCCUCUCUCCCCCGACGGUGAUAAGCCUCGCCCAGCUCCAAGCUCGUCCUCCUCCUCUUGUCUCCACCGGCCUCCGUCUCGCCUUUGAAGACCAGCACCAGCUCCAGAACAACAGCCAGGCCAAUCCCCUGCUUUCACCCUCGCUCUUCCCUGUUCUCUCCGAUGACCUCUCCCUCCAACUCAACCAACACCAGGAUGAACUCGACCGGUUCCUCCGCGCCCAUGGAGAGCAUCUCCGCCGGACGCUGGCGGAGAAGCGGCAGCGGCACUGCCGGGUUUUGCUGUGCGUGGCAGAGAAGGCGGCAGUGCGGAGGCUGAGGGAGAAGGAGGCGGAGGUGGAGCAGGCGGUGAGGCGCGCGGCCGAGCUCGAGGACUGGCUCGCCCGCCUAAAGGCGGAAUCUUUGGCGUGGCAGGCCAAGGCCCUGGCCGACCAGGCGGCGGCCGUAGCCCUCCACGCCCAGCUCCAGCAGGCCCAGGCCGCCGCUGCCGCGGCGGAAGAGAUGGAGGGCGAGUGCCGCGACUUGCCGGCUGAGGAUGCAGAGUCGGCCCACGUCGACCCGGACCGGGCGCCCCCGGCUACGUGCCGGUCGUGCCGGGUGGCGCUGGCGUCGGUGGUUGUCCUUCCUUGCCGCCACCUCUGCCUCUGCGCCGACUGCAGCGACGCCGCCCCGUCCUGCCCCGUUUGCGGCUGCGCCACCACCGGAAGCCUCCACGUCUUCCUCUCCUAAUAAAUGAGACCACCCCCGCCUCAUUAUCAUCAUAGCCCAUGACCCAUCACUAGCCGUCCAAAAUUACAGACAAAAAAUAAUAGAACAUUAGAAAUUUAGAACAGGCUGGACCUUAGCAGUUAGCAGUGGAGAAGACCGAAGUAAAUCACUGUUAAAAAAAAAAAAAAUCUUUUUUUGUUGGAUUUAGAAAAUUCAUUUUAAUAUGUAAUUUAAUUUAAUUAUUUUUUUAAUUAAGGAGAGGAUCUAUCGUAUUGAUUCUGGUCGUA